AUGUCGGCGGAGCAUACUGCUUCAUCGAACGAUCAUAUGCUGUCACUUGAGAAUGAUCCUGAAGUUGAUGAAGCUAGUUCGCACCGACACCAGGCAUAUCAUUCGCUUCAAUAUGGACUGUGUACACCAACGGAUCUUUCGACGACUGACCCGUCCCGCGCGAAAGAUGUACCGACGUGCAAGGACGACUGUGUCGGUACCAUCGGCGUACCGAUGUCCCCAGAGGAGAGUAGACUGCUGGUUCGCUAUACUCAAAAUGGCUCAAGAUGGGAAUGUAUCCCGGAAGUUUUGAUUGCCGAGAGCCACUGCGCCGGGAAUUUGACGGUGCAUCUUAAGCGUCGAAGGGCAGUCAUGCUUGCUUCGCAGGUGGAGAAAGAUAGCGCCGCAGAUAAGGCUUCUUGCUUGGCGAGUGAAGUCGGUGAAGUUGCGGCACAAAAACGAGGCCCUCCCUACAACCACGCGACAAGAUUGGGCGCCUGCGCGGCGCAACGGACAGAACUGAAGAGUUUGAGUUCGUGGCCGGGUUCUGUGAAAGGCGGAAGGAAAUAUUCCGUCAUUUCUGAGAUGGUAGGCGAAGGGGUAUAUACCUUGCCAACCACUAGUCCAGAAACGGACCGGAAGUCUAGGCAAAAGGCUCAGCGACCGGUAUACACGUUCGCGGCCAUUUCAAUGGAGAUAGGGAGAAAGGAUGAGAAACGCGGCUUCUGGACAGAAUGUGUUGCAGUUCAAAGUUUCGAGGUCCUUCCAACGGUGGUCAUCUGUUGCGAUGCUUAUCAUAUCGGUGAAGAAUGCGCAUAUGGAGGAAUGGAUGCCGCGAUGAGCUCGACGUACAAUCCGCUUCUCGAAAAAACGAACAAUUGGCGUCGGUUCCGGGAUAAACAUUAUGCUAUGAGCACGGUGCUUUGGACGACCCCCGCUAUUCUGACACCGAGAGGGCUGGGUUUGUCCUAUCAGUACCAUCGCGUACACAGCCCGCUUUUGGGGGUGUUUUCCUCGUCGGCACCGAAGGAGGGCGAGUUUCUGAUGGAAAAUCGCGAAGGAGACAGAAAUCAAGUGGAAAGGAGGCGUGAUAAGUGGAAGAGUGUUAAAUGGCAUGAGAGGUCAACGCAGGUGCGAAAUGCUUGGGGAUACGGUUUCAAGAUGGCCGCGUUCCGAGCGAUGACGGUUUGGGAGAACGGUGCUCAGACGAGAUAA